AUGCUGGAUUCUCCUGAGACCACCCAAGCGGAACUAGAUGAACGCCAAAAGCAUUACUCCCAAGAAGAGAUCGAUCGCCUUGAAGGUGAGCUCUCGCCCUUGGAUGCACUCGCCACUUUCAUGCGCCUAGGUGUCAUCAUACCCCCGUAUCCUCCCGCGUGCCAUAUUAUUGACGGCCGCCAUCUUCAUGGAUGUGAUCAGAAGGUUAAGCACGUUUCAGACACCGAUGAGUUCAAAAGGUUGGAGCUGACUGGGGAGAACACUAUUGUCGACCUGGUAAAGGCUCCGUUUUCUGAUCUCGACAGCCAAAUUCACGUUGUACAAAGCCGCACACUCUUUAAGAAAAGAUCGCGAGGGCCAUUGGUGAACACAACUUCCAAUAUGACUUCAGAGUCAAAGCUCCUACCAGCAUGCAAUUCUUUUCCGACUGGAAAAGAUUCUGCCAAGAUCAUCAAGUGCCUCCCUCACCAGGCACAACAGUCGACAAGGUUCAUUCGUUGCCUCGGAUCGUUCGACGAGCUCUUAUAA